ACAAUGGGGCGCACUUCUCAGCUUCUAGAGCUCCUACCCCAGCAGUGGCAGCUUCUUCUGUCGUUCAUUCUCCCACUCAUCGCCCUCGUCUUCCUACACCGGAGAUGGAACAGACCCGGUGGCAUCAGGCUGCCACCAGGGCCCUGGAAGCUGCCCCUCGUCGGCAACCUCCAUCAGAUCGGCCCGUUGCCCCACCGGAGCCUGACGACGCUCGCAAAGCGGCACGGGCCGGUCAUGAUGCUGCGCAUGGGCACAGUUCCGACGGUGGUGCUGUCCUCGCCGGAGGCCGCGCGGGAGGCUCUGAAGACGCAUGAUGCGGACUGCUGCAGCCGGCCUCCCUCCGCCGGGCCGCGGCUGCUGUCGUACGGCUACAAGGACGUCGCCUUCUCCCCAUACAGUGACUACGUCCGCGACAUGCGCAAACUUUUCAUCAUCGAGCUGCUUAGCCGCCGCCGCGUGCAGGCCGCUUGCUACGCUCGUGAUACCCAGAUGGGAAAUCUUGUGAAGAACCUCACCAAUAAUGGUGGAAAGCCCGUGGCGGUUGCCGACCAUAUAUUUGCCACGCUGGACGGGAUCAUCGGCUCUUUCGCCUUUGGGGAAAACUACGCGGCGGAGCAGUUCAAGGGGCAGUUUGUCCCCGUGCUGAAUGAGACCAUGGACCUGCUGAGCGGCUUCUCUGCCGAGGACUUCUUCCCCAACAGCGUUGGUCGCUUCCUCGACAAAGUUACCGGCAUCAAGUUUCGCCGAGAGAGGAUCUUCAAAAAGCUUGAUGCAUUCUUUGAACAAGUCAUCGACCAGUGCGUCGACGACUAUCCCAGACGCGGAAGGCAGCCCGGUGAGAAGUCUGCGUCUGUACUCGUGCAAGAGCUUGUGGACCUUUGGAAAAAUUCUGCUGGAGGCACCAACAGCUUCACAAGGGAACAUGCCAAGGCCAUCCUCAUGAACACUUUCAUCGGUGGCAAUCACACUAGCUCAGUGACUAUAAACUGGGCAAUGGCCGAGCUAAUUCGGCAGCCAAGGUUGCUCGGCAAGGUACAAGACGAAAUUAGGGCCGUUGGAGGAAAGACAGAGCUCCUGCAGCACGACGACAUGCCCAAGCUGAAGUACCUGAAGAUGGUGGUGAAGGAGACCCUGCGGCUGCAUCCCCCGGCGACGUUGCUCGUCCCGAGGGAGACCACACGGCAGAUUCAGGUCGCAGGAUACGACAUCCCAGCAAAGACAAAGAUCAUCGUGAACGCAUGGGCUAUCUGUAGGGACCCCAUCGCGUGGAAUGAUGAUCCGGAGGAAUUUCGUCCGGAAAGGUUUGAGGACAAGGAUGUUGACUUCAAUGGCGCACAUUUCGAGCUUCUGCCGUUUGGUUCGGGACGACGGAUCUGCCCGGGAUUGGCCAUGGGCGUGGCAAACAUCGAGUUCAUCUUGGCCAACAUGCUCUACUGCUUCAACUGGGAGCUCCCUGAUGGAGUGAGGAGUGAGGAUGUCAACAUGGAGGAGGCAGGGGCGCUGACUUUUCGAAAGAAGACGCCGCUCAUUCUGGUACCGACAAGGUAUUCAGUAUGUGUCCUUGAUUGAAAUGGUUUAACUGGCAGAACGAUCAACUUAUCUGCGUUGCAUUCGCUGUCCAGUUUUGUGUUUCCUUUUACCUUUGCCUUCUACCUACAAUAAGGGCACUCCACGUCUGACUUGUUACUUUUCUUGGUUGAUUGAUCUGCUCGUAUGACCUAAUUUUAUGGAGAAGGGUGAGAAGUUAAACCCCUGUUAAUGAUACUAAAUCUGGACCGAGCUUAGCCCCUGUAUCAACGAGUUCGACAUUGAUUUAUCAUCCUACGGAACAUUGUUAUCUUGACCUGUUGGCCAAGGGGGAACGUUUACUUUAUGUUUUUUAUUUGAUCC